UGUGCUUUAACUUAACCUAAAAAAUUAUUUUUCAUCAGCGAUCGACGAUUUUGUUAGUGUUUGAAAAAUUUUGAAAUUUGACUUGACACGAUCGAUUGAAAAAAAAAUCGGGUUGAUCUGUGUGUAGUGAAUUAAACCUCUACUUGACGCUUUUGUAUCUAACAUUAGUUCCUUAAGUUAGUGUUGAUCAAAAAUUGAUAGCAAACAAAAAUGGAACAUAAUAUUAUCGUUAAACAAGAAUUUGAUGCUGAGAGUGUAUCCAGCAUAGGAUUAUCAACUCAUGCUGAAAAAGUGAAAUUAGAGGAUGAAACUGAAGAAAAUCUUGUCAUUCCAAAAGAUGAAGUUGAAUAUAAUGAACACAUGGAUUUCGGGGCUUAUGCCAGUGAUGUUGAUGGGGUAUCAACCAUGAUCAAGAAUGAGACUCUUGACAUCAAAGCAUCUCCUGAACAUGACGACUAUGAGGAUUCGUACUCGAUAGAAACUGAAAAUGGUCAGCAGCAAGUUACAGAUGAAGAUUUUACUGCUAGUGGGAAAUUUGAGAAUGAAACAAAGAAGAUUGGGGGGGACAUUCCAGAAUCUUCUGGACACAACCAUGUUGAAGAACCACACUCAACUAGAAAUCGUCAGCAGCAAUUACCAGAUGUCGACCAUGGAAGUAUCGAAAAUACAAAUAGUACAACUGCAGCAGUGAGAGGUCAGCGAAAGAAAUGUGAUAAUGUUGAUGAAGACCAAUCUAGAAACAUCACGCGAAAACAAGAUGUACAAAAAUGGUCAGAAAAUUACAAUCUUGAAGAAUACUUUACCAUAGAUUCUAUUUACAGUUUGAAAGCAAUUGAACCUAUUGGCAGUUCCAAUGAAGAGUGCUUGAAAAUGUUCAAUUCCGAAGAAAAGAAAAAAUAUUUAGAUAUUUCCCCGAAUACGGUUUCAACAGUGAACUAUUCUAAUACAGAGUGUAUUGAAAGUGGAAUUGAAAAAACUUCAGUUGUGAACCACUUUGAAAACGUAAAAUAUUCUGCCACAAAAAAUACCUUCUUCCAACCAGACAAUUCUUCCGACAAUGAUAUACGUGAAUGCAUUGAUGUGGAUGACGAUAGAGAUAAGGAUUCCAUUUCAACUGAUUCAAGCACCAGGAAAAUGGACAUGGAUGAAACCAACACUUUUAUCCCUUCAUUGGCUGAGGAAAUCAAAAAGAACGAAUCUGAAAAGCAAAAGUCGACUCGUUGCAAAUUUUGUGAUGAAGAUGUGAACACGAAAAAUUUCACACGACAUAUAGAAAGGAAACAUUCGUCAAAUUCGGAGGUCAUCGAAUUACUGAAAUUACCAAAGAAUAGUAAAGAAAGAAGAAAUAAAUUCAUUCUACUGAGGAAUGACACGAAUUUUAACCUUUAUAUUAAAGGCACCACAAGACCGAACCGAAAAAAUAAAACACACAUUGAAAACGAUGAAUUAUAUUAUCCUUGUGCGUACUGUAAGGGUUUAUUCAAAAAGCGAUAUCUGAGUAGACAUGCUAAGUGUUGUAUUGUCAAUACUAAUAACGAAAGAAACCAUUGUUCUGCCUCUCAGACACUAACGGCUUGUGCGAUGGAUACGACCAAUGUAAUUUCCAAACUGAAUGUGAAACAUCAGGUUUUUGAUCUCAUGAAGCCAGACGAAGUUUCAAUGGAAGUGAAAAAGGAUCUUCUCAUAAUUCAUUUUGGGGAAUCAUUCUUGAGGAAACAUAGAAGGGAGCGGAUGCAUUAUACUUGCAGCAGUCGUAUGAGGGAACUGUCUCGACUACUUAUUGCUUAUAGAAAAAUUUCUGGAGAGGAGAAAUGUUCUCUCAAGGAUAUGAUAGUACCAAAAAAAUUUGGUAUGGUACUCAGUGCAGUAAGGGAUAUAACGGGAUAUGAUACUGAACGUAGGACGUACAAAGCUCCUAGUCUUGCUAUGCAUCUUGGUACUACUUUGAAACAAGCUUCUCACGAAUUGAAAACCUUGGUAUUACAGGAGAGUGAAGGUUUCAAGUGUGGCCCUAAUAAAUCUUCAAGAGAGUGGAUAGGAGAAAUCCAAGAUUUCAUAAAACUGAUAGAAAGUAGAUGGACAAGAGAAUUAUCUUCAUUAGCCUAUAAAGACCUACAAGAAGGGAAAUGGAAUGAUCAAAUACUAAUUCCUUUAGUAGAUGACAUAAGGAAAUUCAAAGAGGAGUCCAUAAAGCUCGCGGAACAGUGUGUUCAGGAUUUUAUAAACAAUAUAGAUGAAAAAAAAACCUAUACUACUUUGGUCCAUUGCAGCUUAGUCCUUCUUAAUCUUUUUAAUAGGAGUAGAAUAGGCGAUGUACAGAUCUUGAAAAUCAAAGAUUAUAAGUGCCACCAUGAAACUGACUUUGCUGUUUUCCAAAAUGUUCUGACAGAAUCUGAAAAAUUGUUGACACGGGAAUAUAGAAAAGUGGUAAACAGCGGUAAAGGUUCUAGAGGCAAAGUGAUCCUCAUUCCAAAGGUUAUUCAAAAGUUUAUAGAUCUUCUUCUGGAAAAGAGGGGAAAAUAUAUUCCCUCCGACAACGAAUAUGUUUUCGCUUCACCUGGAAGUAGCACAAAAUGGGAAAAGGCAGAUGUGGCUUUCAGGGAGAUGACGAAAAAAAUUAACCUGAGACACCCAGAAUCUAUAGGCAGCAAUAAAUGGAGGAAACAUAUAGCCACCACUAUGCAAAUUUUGAAUCUCACCAAAGAAGAAAUGAAACAAUUUUCGAAUUUCAUGGGAUACACGGAAAAGUCAAAUGCAGAAUUUGAUGAGCUUCCAGUGGAUAUUUAUGAAACGGCAAAAUUAGCCAAAAUUUUAAUGAUGAUGGAUCGAUCAUUACCUGCCGAAUUAAAAGGAAAAUCCCUUUCAGACAUGAACGUAGAUUUGGUUUCGACUUCAGUUGAAGAAAACGAUGAAGAAGGUAACAACUGUAAAACGCCACAGAAAAGGAAAGCCUCCAUGGAUACAGUUUUAAAAGAUGAUGGAGAAUCGAAUGAGAUAACGGAAGGCAAAUCCAAGAGGAAUAAAAUCAUCAAAAAAGUAUGGACUGAUGAGGAAAUCAAGAUACUAUUGAGGGAGUUCGGAAGUCACAUUAAGGAGAGAACUUAUCCAUCAGCAGCCAAAAUCCAACAGAUGUUGGAAAAAACGAAGAUGAGAAGAAACGUCAAGAUUGUGAAGUCGAAACUUCAGCAUCUGAUGAGAAAGAACAUCAUUUAAAUAUUUUUGUUACCAAUUUUUCAUUUCAUCUGUGAUCUGCUAGUUCCAUCUCUCAGGGAGAGUUAAAUAUAUUAUGUUAUAAUAUACAUUCCCUUGAAUAUAUUUAUAUAUUCAUUUAUAUUUUUCAAUAAAAAACAAAUCACUGAACUUCUCGUGGUUUU